AUGUUUUACAAAGUGCUCUACAAAGUGCUUUACAAAGUGCUCUACAAAGUGCUUUACAAAGUGCUUUACAAAGUGCUUUACAAAGUGCUCUACAAAGUGCUCUACAAAGUGCUUUACAAAGUGCUCUACAAAGUGCUCUACAAAGUGCUUUACAAAGUGCUUUACAAAGGGAUUUACAAAGUGCUCUACAAAGUGCUCUACAAAGUGCUUUACAAAGUGCUCUACAAAGUGCUCUACAACGUGCUUUACAAAGUGCUUUACAAAGGGAUUUACAAAGUGCUCUACAAAGUGCUCUACAAAGUGCUUUACAAAGUGCUUUACAAAGUGCUCAACAAAGAGCUCUACAAAUUGCGGCUGCGGCGGCGUCUCUCUCCCUCAUUCAUCCUCAGCCGUUACUGCGAUGCAUUGUUGAUGAGCAGGGAGUGGCAGACGGCUCCGGUGGCUGCCUGCAGGUUGGAGGCUCCGUGGGGGGGUGGGGGGCUGGGGGGUGGCACAGAGGGAGGGGGGGGGGGGGUUCUGGAGCUGUUUAAAUGA